AUGAGAUUCGUCAGAGAGCGUCUUGAAGUGGUUAUGUUAUAUUCCUCGAACUGGGGAGGAGAAAGUGCUUCGGAAGGUGCUAGUGCUGUUGUUAGAUUAUUCUCCAUGAAGAAACUUGGUGAGAUCACUAAAACGGCUUCAGGAUCAGGAUUUUACAUUCUUCCCAACACAAUUAUUACAAACAGCCACGUUGCUAAUGAGAUUGAAUCCAUUGGUAAGGUAAAUGCGUACAACAACUCAUGGAACAUUAACAGUACAAUCUCAGGAAUGCCAAAAAAGUUAGAAACUUUGUUUUCAGGAAAAGCAAUCAAAUAUUUCCAAAUGGAAAAAUCGUUUCCAGUUACCCAAAAUUGGGUUGGCAGAGAUCCAAUUACUACCACUGUAGGAAACUUUGAUUUCUUUGAUAUUACAGCAAUGAAUUUCUCUGGUUCUCCAAAUAAGGUGUUUUUCAUACCCUCACCACGAAUUUUGCAACCAAAUGACGAAAUUAUUACCCUUUCGUAUCCAGGAGACGAGAAUAAACCUCCUUUCUCUAGCAGUCAGAAUUAUGUAGACUGGGCUCCAAGUGAAUCCUUCUUGAAGGACAAUAUCUUCAAUGGUUAUGGAACAUUGUGUGCAAGUGUUGGAAAGAUACUUCACCCCUAUGAUUUCACUCAAAAUGGACUUGUAGAAAAAGUUGAAGACUUUUGUUACGAUAAGUCCAACCAAGAGUGUUUAGCCAGUUCUGAAAGUUUAAUUUUUGGAAGUUCUGGUGGUGUUAUGAUUUCUAAAUUCUCCAAAGUGUAUCACAUUAAAGGAUACACACUGAUUGAGUUUCACGCAGUCCAUACUGGUGGAGAGUUU